AUGGCGCACGGAGAAUCACUGCGGAGGCCGAUGCUUGCCUUCGUUUCGCUAAAUAUCGAAAAGCCGUCUACCAUCGUGUUGUUACACGGAGGACUCUCCUGUCAUCUCGAAUACGCAGACGUCAUUCCCCUCCUCUCAGAGUAUCACCUGCUGCUGCCAGACCUGCCGCAGCAUUCGGAAUCGAUCCACAUACCGCUGGUAUCACUCGAGAACGUCGCGGACCACGUGGCCGAUCUUAUAUCGGUCAACGCGCACGGUGGGAAAGCCCACGUCGUCGGCCUCUCUUUUGGAGGCUUCGCGGCCCAGGUCACCGCCAUGCGACAUCCUUCGCUCGUCACAUCCCUCUUCGUCACGGGUGCCGAGCCGUUUCAAGGCCUCAGACUGCGCGCGUCGCAGUAUCCCUCCCUGAUAUACGGCUUUACAUGGUCGCUUCUGGGUCUUCCGGAUGCGCUCUACUGGCGCUACGCCGCUUGGAUGGGCUUGCGGCGGCAUGAUGAUCUGCUCGUCGAGAUGAGAAAGAACUGCCAAUUGGCUAUGCUCCGUGACGAGUUUUCCACCAUCGCUCGAUAUCGUCUCGAGGACGUGGGCAAGAUUGAGGCCCGGACACUGAUGGUGGCUGGUGGGAGGCAGGAUGACGUGGGCGCUAGCAAGCUGGCUGGCCAAGUGCUGGAGAACAGGAUUAUUCGCGGCCAGAGACUGGACGACGGGUCAAGGUCUGUCGUUGUCCGAGACGCCUUGCAUGCUUGGGAUUUGCAGUUUCCGGAACUCUUCGCACGUGGUGUCCUGGCCUGGGUGGAGGAGAGGCCACUGCCGGAAGGGUAUGAGCCGAACUAG